AUGCAUGUCCGUGUCUUCCUGUCGGCGCGAGUGAUAGCAGCGUCUUCAGCUUCUUCGUCGGCGUUUUCCUUCUCUUCUUUGUUUGAUGGAGACGAAAAGGAAUCAAGCGCUUCAGGUGGGGCUUCGUCAAGUACCAGUGACAUCACCGAAAGACCCGACGGUACAUUCCAGCAGCCCCUCUUGGACGCGGAAGACUGGUUCCUUUCCAAGCAAGAAAUCACGGCCUCGAGAGGCGGUGUGCCAAGGACGGAUCUGUCAGUCUACACGACCGGCAACAAGGUGACUUCCUACACGGCCUCGAACGAAUUCUACAGCGCGGUUUACGAUGAUCUGAGUGCGACCAAGGAAGGAGACCACGUUAUGCUUGCUGCGUGGCUCACAGCUCUCGUUCCCCUGAAGCCAGACGUGGACCCUACAGGCGCCAAAACGGGCAUCAAGGAAGUGUUUGCAGGCGUCGUCGAGCGAGGAGGCAAUGUCAGCGUCCUGAACUGGGCCAGCAUUGCGGGCGGAUACAUCCCUUUCAACAUCAAGGCUCGAGACGCAAUCAACAGUAUUCCUCCGUCUAAAUCCACCGGAGCCAGAGCGACGUUCCUCUUUGACGACCGCGUCAAUAUGAUCGCUUCGCACCACCAGAAAACGCUAGUGAUCGCGUCAAGUCGCUCCUUGGGGAAAACCGACCAGCCCGUUGCCACAGCCAUUCGUGACGGGGGAGGGAUUACCUACAAGAACAAGGGCUGGGUCGAUGGCCACAUUCGCAUCCACGGCCCUACAGCCAAGGAUCAGAGCGUGCAGAUCACACGAACCUUCAACUGUGAGUACAAACACUACAAAGAGUUUGCCCCGAAGGGAGAAAACUCGUUGUUUCACGCCCGAAUCAAGGCCAUCAAGAACGCCAAAAACUUCAUUUACAUUGAAGAUCAGUACUUUGUGCUGGUUCCGGAGCUGCUAGACGCUCUGAUGGAGGUGAUGCCGAGAAUCCAGCGCGUCAUUGUCGUGACGAAAGAGCAGACGAAUGCGUUCACGAACGGAGGGUACCCGGACAAGUUCGAGAUCUACACCACCAAGGCGGACCGGAAACUGCUCAUCCACAGCAAAAUCGUGAUUAUCGACGACGUGUACCUGUCGAUUGGCUCGGCGAAUUGGAAUCGCCGUAGCAUGACUGCCGAUUCUGAGCUGAAUGCCGACGUCGUGGAUACUGAUACUGUGAAGUCUCCCGACGGAGUAAUGGUCGGCAAACUGCCUCGUGAUUUCCGCGUCCGUAAGUUUUCGGAAAUGACGGGGCUGAGCUACAAGAAGAUCACCACUAUGACGUUCACCAAAGCUGCGGACCAAUUCGCCAUCGCCGCUGCCAAGAAGUCAACGAUCAUUGCUCCGUUGAAGUCGGAGCACCACGCGUACUUUAUCGCCAUCACCGACGCCAAGAGGAAGAUCGCAGACCCGCAGUACACGUGCAUCGCCACCAGUAGCUAG